UAAAACAUUUUAAUACAAUGGUAAAUGCCUUUUCAAUUUCCACAUGGACAUCGGGCUUUUAUUUACGACUGAUAAUUUGACAGUCGUUUCAAAAUUUAUGAAAACUUCUUGAAAUAUGGAAGAGAAAUCUUGCAAAGAGCAAUUAACAGAAAAUACAGAUAUCAACCAAGAUGAGUUGAUUCUUCAACAACAAAGACGUAUCGAAAUGGAGAUUUCUGAAUCCAUUGCUUUGGUUGGAGAGAAAGAAUCCAUAAAAAGUUUGGAACGUGAAUACUCUGAAGAUGAAAUAUACCUUUCGAAAGCUAAAGCAUUAGGUCAAAAAUAUUCAUAUAUUAGGAGAACUAGACCAGAUGGAAAUUGCUUUUUUAGAGCCUUUAGUUAUGCAUAUCUUGAAAAGUUAAUUGGAAAUAAAGAGGAAUAUGAAAAAUUUCGGGAACUUGCAUUAAAAAGUAAAGAAAGUUUGGUAGCAUUAGGUUUCCCCCAAUUUACAGUUGAAGAUUUUCAUGAUACGUUUAUGGAUGUAAUUGAUAAAGUAGGAGAAGAUACAGAGUCAAGCUAUAUUGAAUUACAUAAACUUUUCAAUGAACAAGGGUGUUCUGAUUAUGUUGUUGUAUAUCUUAGAUUAAUUACCUCUGGUCAAUUACGGCUUGAAGCUGAUUUUUAUCAGCAUUUUAUUGAAGGAGAACGUACUGUUUCAGAGUUCUGUCGUCAAGAAGUAGAACCAAUGUACAAAGAAUCUGAUCACAUUCACAUUAUAGCUAUGAGCACUGCUUUAGGAACUGGUGUACGUGUUCGUUAUAUGGAUCGAGGCGCUGGAACUGAAGUAACUGCACAUGAUUUCCCUGAAGGUGCAACUCCAGCUGUUCAUUUAUUAUAUCGCCCUGGUCAUUAUGAUAUUCUAUAUCCUUGAUAAAUCACACAUUUAACUGGCACAUAACUUUUUAAAAAAUCUCACAACAAAGAUUAAUUAUUUAGCAAAUUAUAUCUUGUGUACGCAAUCAAAACUCAUAAAAUCUUUUUUUGGUUAGAUGUAACA